AUGUCUAUUGACUUUGACAGCGGAGCACUGCAGACCCAGCAGAAUGACAAUGAGGAAUAUGAUCAGGAGGAUUAUGCCCGGGAACAAUUGUUACAGCAGUUAUUAACUGACCUUCCCCAUGAUAUGCUUGAUGAUAGCGUCUGCUCAACUUCAGAACCCAACUACAGUGACUGCAGUGACCAUGAAUUAUCGGAACAAAAAUAUGGAAACGAGGAGUCCAAUGUGGGAAGCUUUCACAGUGAUGAUCAUUAUGAUGGACCUGACCAUAGUUCCACGGGUGAUUUGUAUCAUCUUCCUGAGGAUUUUCAGCCAUACACCAAUGGUGGAUGUCAGCUCAGUGAAAACCUUUUAAAUGGCAAUAACAAGGAAAAUCAGGUGUUCACUGCUUCUGAAGGUAAUGGUGGUCAUCCCGAAGAUUCUAUUCCAGUUAGAUACAACCCAUACCAGAUAAAUGUUCUUAAAGAUGUCAAACCAGAUGCAGCAAGAAGACUUGACAAUUACGAUGACCUUCAAAGAGAGUUUCUGGAUACGGGGGAAUGUUCUUCAGGUAACAUGCAGUUUGUACAGUUACAAGUUCUUUACAAAGCAAAAGGAAGGCAACUUGAAGAAUUAAACACAAAGCUAGAAGAAAGUGAACGACAACUGAGAUUCCUCAGUCAUCAGCUUGCAAUAGUUAAAGAUGAGAAAGAUGGAUUGGCUCUCAGCCUUCAGGAGUCACAGACGUUGCUUCAGAAUUCCAGAGAAGUUGAGCUUCAGUUGAGGGGACAGAUGGCUGCCCUGCAGAACACCAUGGAUGGGUUAACCUCUAAUGAUGAACAGUUAAGGAAGGAGCUUAAAGUCGCCAAGCUUGCAAUGGAGAGUAUGCAGCAGCAGGUUAUGGACCUGCGGCGUUCUGACUCAAUAAACAGAGCAAGGGAACAGCAUGAGAUGGUUGUGUCAACGCUUCGAACGAAACAUGAAGAACAAAUGCUCUUGCUGCAGCAGAAACUGGAUUAUGUUAAUGCAGCUCUCCAGGAACAGAAAGAUAUUUGUAGUCGACUAGAUGAGCAACUAAAACUGGCUGAGCGAAAGCAAGAUGAAAGCAAACUUGAAAAAACGGAAAUGAUCAAUCGCUUAUCCAGGAGUCUUGAGGAAAGUCAGAAGCAAUGUGCCAAUCUUUUACACACAGGUUCAAUCCAGGAAGCUACACAGCUAAGGUUGCAGCUUCAACAACUACAGUCAUCGAAAACCAUUAGUGAUGGCAUGAAUAAGGCAAUGCAGGAAGAAAUAAAUGAACUUAAAGAGCAAAUUACAAUGUAUGAAUCUGCUGCCAAACUGGGGGUUUUUCUUGGUGGUGAAGAGCAAGGAGAGCUAUCUGACUCCUACGUGGGUCUGGGCAUCAAGAAAGUUAACUGGCAAAAGUCUUGCUUCCAAAGGUCAGUGCGCACUAAUGGCAUCCGAAAAGACCUUCCGUCAGAUGUUAUCAUCACAGAGCUGAAAACAGAGCUUGAGCGUUGCAUGAGCAGCAACAAAACAAAACGUCAGCAGAUUAUACAGUUGCAGUCUGAUCUGAAGGCUUAUCAGUCAAAAACUGAGGAACUGAAAAAGCUACUUGAAAAGGCUGAAAAGGAAGCCAAGGAUGGUGAAGUCAGACCAGGGAACUUUGGAGACCACAUGGAUCUAGCUUCUGCUCACAGAUCCAAAGGACAGGAGAUACAGAGGCUGCUGGAUGAGAAUCAGAAGCUUCAGCAAGAAGUUGAGAAACAUUUGUUGUGUAUCGACGAGCUCGCUGCAAGUGAGGAGAAACUGAAGGCAGCAAAUCAGCAACUCUGUAGUGAAAUGCGAGAAAUGAUCCAAGAUUUUGAUAAAGAUAAGAAAGAAUCCAUUGAGCGGUGUGAGCGAACCUACGAACAGCAUCAUGAAGACAUUAAGAAUCAUUUAAGAAUGGAGAUAAGUGAGAAGUUUGAAGCAGAAAAAGUCCAGUUGUGCCAGACAUACGAGUCGAACAUUUCCCAGUUACAAUCACACAUAAAUGAAUUGUCUAUUGAGAUGACUGCAGUACAGGAGUGUUACAUAGCGGUGUGUAAAGAGAAGGAUACGCUGGAGGAAACCAUCCGUGAGAGUAUGAGGAAAGAAUUUCAGCUAAAUGAAGAAAAGUGGAGAGAGAAAUUGCUGGAGGAAAAAGAACAUUUGCUGCAGUCUCUGAAAAUGGAGCUAGAUGACAAACACCAAUCUGAAAUGGCUGUGAUGAAGACACAGUGGCAGAGGGAAAAGGAGGAAGAAAUUAAGAGAGAACAAGAGAUUCACCUGACUUUGGCAAAAAAGAAUUGGAUAAGAGAGCAAGAACAGGUAACAUCAAUGAAAAUUCAGGAUAUUGAGAAUCAGUGGAAACAUAAGCUAGAUAUGACUUUAAAGCAUGCCAGAGAGACGUUAAUGCAGAGUGUAGAAGACCACGCUGUACAGACUGAGCAAUCCGUAAUUACACAAACCGAACAGGUGGAAGAUUUGAAGAUCGCACUCCACAAUGCUAUGCUAGAGAAACAGAAGGCAGUACAAAAGGCUUGCAUGGAGCUAGAAUUAAAGCAUCGGGAGGAUAUUUCCAAUCAGGUGGAGAUGGCCUUAACGAAAGCCCAUGCCAGGUGGAUACAAGAACUUACCAGCUUGUCUGAAUACAAAACAAACUUGCAGCUUGAGAAAGAAAAGUGGGAAAAGCUCAAUAAUGUCAAUAUAGAAAAGCAGAUAUCAGAUGCAGUUGCUGCAGCAGAAGAGAAACGGAAGCUUGAGUCUGAAAAAAGUGAUCACAGCUUCAAACAAAAAGAAUAUGAAGAGAAAAUUGCAGCAUUACAGCGGGAACUUGACUUAAAGGUUGAAGAGUUUGAUGCUCAGUUGAAAGUCGAACUGGGGAAGGCACGUGCUCAGUGGAACAAAGAGAAACAAGAAGAGGUUCAAGCCUUUCAGGCGCAAAACGAAGAAGAUUUCCGCACCUUCCUGGAUGAUCAUCGGACCAAAGUCAGCGACGUGCUUGCCACGGCAAAAGCUGAUUUUGAAAAGCAGAGACAUGAACUCCUGACUCAGAAAGAGGCCGAAAUGACUGAACAGUUUAAUAAGAGCCUCAAACUGCGCAGUUCUGAAGAAUCUAAGCGGCUGCAUGAUCACGAUAAUGAGAUCCUAUCUGAAAUGGAGAACCUUAUGUCAGAAAUCCAUGAUGAACUAGUUGAAAAAUGUAAUCGGGACAAUCGCUUGUCACAUGCAACAAGCAGCUUAGACACACAGUUCCUGCAGAAGUUAAAGUCUUAUCUUCAGAGAUCAGUUAAAGGGAUUGUUUACAAAGUCAUUUCAAAUACAAAACUGGAGAUGAAGCUGAAACUUGAUGAAAAUAAUGAGACUUGUCUGAAUUCUAGUGUCUUCUUAAGAGGGAAAGAAAGACUUUGCAAUCCAGAAAGUGCACAGAAAAAUUCAAAAAGGAUUCUCAUGGAAAAUGUGGCUAAUGGAAAAUGGCAGACAACACUGAUCGUAGAUCCUCAGCUAAAGAAGAAAAGCGAUAGUUCUGAAUCUGGUUGCUGUGAGAAUUGCCAGCCGCAAGUGGAGAAGUUAAAGAAAGACUGUCAGGAUCUGCGAAGUAAACUGGAUAAAGCAUGCCGCCACCUUCAACAUGCAGUCAAAGAGCAAAAGCUCAAAGCUGAGCAGAUUAAAGAAAAUGAAACAAUUGUCGGAAGUCUAAAGAAAGACAACCUUGAACUGCAGAAAAAGCUUGAUGAAAAAGCUGUGAAACCCGAAGAAAGUUUUCCACCAGAAGAGGGUUCUGAGAAGGGCUGUGAUAUGUGCAGAGGAAAGGCUUUAGAAGAGAUGCGUUCUCAGUAUAUCAAGGCUGUGGACAAAAUAAAAAGUGACAUGCUUCGUUAUAUUCAUGAAAGCAAAGCAAGAGCUGCUGAAAUGUUGAAGUCUGAAGUUUUAAAAGAACGCCAAGAAACGGCACGAAAGAUGCGGAAAUAUUACUUAACUUGUUUGCAGCAGUUAUUGAAGGAUGAUGGGAAGAAUGAGGGUGCUGAAAAGAAAAUCAUGAACGCUGCAAGCAAGCUUGCAACUAUGGCCAAAGUUCUAGAAACUCCUAUCUCUCAGAAAACCCAGAGCAGAAACUUCAGAGGAGUAUCUUUGCAAAUCAAAAAUGAAACUGAGCCUGAAACGGCUAACUCUGACAAUUCUCAAAUUUGCACAAGUGACCGAUUGCAGGCACCAAUCACAGAGCAGAGAACGAUUGAUGAACUGAUUAGGAAACAUAUGAAAGAGAAGCUGGAUGGAGGCAAAUUCCCCUCUGCAGGCUCAUCAGCCAGCAGACAAGAAGGUGUAUCAAAGCAGCUCAGACAGGACUGUGCCAUCGCUGAACCUGUAUGUACAUUGCCUCUAGAAGAAGGCCGUUCUUUAAACUGUACUGGUUCUGACGCAGAGUCCAACCAGAGGCCUUUUUGUGGGCACAGUGAGCCCUCUUUUUUACACGGCUUAAAGACUUAUGACUGCCAGGAUCUUCUUAGGGCUAAAUCAUCCAGGAGAAGGUUUGAACUCCAAGAAGCUCCGGUGCGAGAUAAUGGAAGCAAUGACUGGAGCUCGGUCAGUGGCAAAGGUCUCUUUCCAUCACAAAGCUCUUUAACCAGCAUGAAAGUGCAGUCUUACAAUCAGGACGCUGCAGGGAAAUUUUCUGCAGCAGGUUUGUUUUCUCAUGUGGAGGAAAGUCGUGAUGCCUUUGGCAGCAGAUAUGAAGGUCAGAAUCACUCUGCUCACAUUGCAAAGAGAAGAGAUCAGACUCCAAGUACAUGGCAUUCUAGUAAAAUUGCGGGCCAUCCGCCUACAGCUGUUGAGUCAAAGCCAUGCUCUGAUGUAGGUCGGGACAGCAAACUACCUCUGCAAAAGUUAUUGCUGGAUUUUGCCUCUCCACAGCAAGACAGUGGCUUUGACAGUCCCUUCCCUGACUUAAAUCAUUUUAACUGAUAGCAGUGCCUUCUACAUUACACCUCAG